GAUAUAUGACAAUCUUUAGUAAUAAUUCUACGUUUGAAAUAUAAACAAUGUCUUAAACGGCUGUUUAAUUAUGUUACAGGUAAAUGAAGGUAAUAUAAUAUACAAUAACCAGUUGGUGUAUCCUGAAGCUACAGAACCAUUUCCAGUCGCUGUACGCGGUUAUCGGUGGACGGUAGAGCUUGAGUGUGAUGUGGCGCGGACAGAUACACUCGCUAACAGCUUCCAUCCAAACCGAACAGUUGUCCACCACAACCCACAUAAAACCAGCUCUACACAUUACAGUUCCGAGGUGAAAUUCUCUGAUGGAACGUUUUUCAAAGAAAUUCAUGGAAAUCCCCUUUCAUUAAAGACGGGUGAAGAUGUAUAUGUGAUGGUAAAGAUGACAUCAGACGAUGUAAACAUCAAGAUGAGAGUUGAUAGUUGCUACACAAAACCAGAUCCAAAUGCCGGCCCAGCUCUAACGUUUCCACUUAUUCAAAAUGGGUGUGUUGUUGGUACAUAUACGAGACUCUUGUCCCAAGGAAACCACGAGACGAGAUUCGUCUUUACAGCGUUCGAGUUUCCUCAAAGUCGAGACGCAGUUUGUGUUUAUUGUAAUGCGACUUAUUGUGAUUUUACAGACAGCAGUAAUAAAUGUACCCAAAUAUGUCAUGGUACACCGACUAUUGUUGGUCGUGCCAUUGGCUCAUGGGGAUACUACUAG